CGCCACUUUCGAAAAUGAAAGACUGUGAGAGCUCCCUCUCCUCCUAAAAUCAAUCUUAUCAGCAAUUCAGAUUACAUGCAAAUCAGUAGCGCCAUUCCAGUGAAAGAGCUGACCGAGUAGGGGACAGUGUUGCGCAUUCCUUGGGGAAGGAAUUCGCUUGUUCUUUUCAGCCGGCUUCGAAGAAAGUCUUCAGUCAGUGCAUUACAUUUAGCUGUUUUAAGGAGGUUUUGAGGUUUGCACUGAAGUGAAACUAAAUUGUAACCCAUUGUAUAGAGCAAUUUAUCUGUGGUGUUUUUUUCAGCAGUGCUUUUUAAACCUGGGGAAAAGCGGCACGGGAAAGUGUUACUGGUUACCCGGUUGUUCUUGUACGUAGUCUUUUUUUGUGGUCAUGGGUACAAAUCGGAACCGGACUGUUAACUUGUACGGCUGGGCGAUGAUUAUAUUUAUUGUUUUUAAUCGGCACUACUGUCAUGGAAGUUGCUUGGAGAAAGAACUAGAGAAAAGGGAAGAAGAGGCGAACAUAGUUUUAACCGGGACUGUGGAAGAAAUUAUGAACGUGGACCCAGUUCACAAAACGUACUCUUGCAAGGUCAGAGUGUGGCGCUAUUUGAAGGGCAAGUCUAAGGUGAAUGGUGAGGUCCUGCUGGAUGGUGGCAACAAGGUGAUGAUCGGUGGCUUUGGAGACCAACAGAUCUGUGACAACCAGGUGGCCACGGGUGACACUCGUAUCUUUUUUGUCAACCUGGCACCUGAGCCCAUGUGGCCAGCUCACAAGAAUGAACUGAUGCUUAACUCCAGCCUGAUGAGGAUUACCCUACGCAACCUGGAAGACGUAGAGCACUGUGUUGAAGAUCACAGAAUGAUCAUUGCAGACAAACCAGUUAACUUCCAAAAUCAAAUACUUGACGGUUGCAGGGGGAUGCUCUGUGGCUUUGGUGCGGUGUGUGAACGUGACCCAGCAGACCCCUCCAGGGCUCAGUGUGUAUGUAAGAAGAUGGCAUGCCCACAAGUGGUGGCACCCGUGUGUGGCUCGGACUCGUCCACGUACUCUAAUGAGUGUGAGCUGGAGAAGGCCCAGUGCAGCAUGCAGAGACGCAUUAAGGUGGUGCGCAAGGGACCCUGUGCGGUGAAGGACCCCUGCAGUGAUGUGACUUGCAGCUAUGGCAGCACCUGCGUCCAGUCAUCAGACGGUCAGUCGGCCAGGUGUAUGUGUCCUUUGAACUGCGAGGGCCAGCCCCAGCAGGUGGUAUGCGGCAGCGAUGGUCAGGAUUACCCCAGCGAGUGUGAGCUUCACAAACGGGCAUGUGACCUGCAGAGAAAUGUCCGCAAGCAAUACGACGGCCACUGCGAUCCUUGCAGCAACAAAACAACAUGCUGGGUAGAGCAUGGAACUCGCCGGAUGGUCAUCCAGUCCUCCUCACAGGCCUGCCCUCUGGGCGGGGAGCCAGUCUGUGCCAGUGAUGGGCAAACUUAUAAUAACACCUGUCAGAUGCAACACGCUAGCUAUCAGAGGGGUGUGACCCUGAGGGAGCUUCACCGUGGGCCAUGCAAGAAACAGAGCGAAUGCUUAGAGACAUGCCUGUUCAACAGCGUCUGCCUGAUAGAGCAGCGUGGCUCGCGCUGCUCCUGUGAGCCAAUCCUAUGUGACGGUGCCUAUAGGCCACUGUGUGGCCAUGACGGCACCACCUACGGCAACGACUGUGAGCGCCAGCGCGCCGAGUGCCUGGCCAGGGCCCUUAUUCCUGUCAAGCACAAGGGGUCUUGUGAUCUGCACAUUCCCAGUCCUUGCCAGGGCUACCGCUGCGAGUGGGGGGCCAUGUGCGUGGUGAAGGAUGGGGGGCCUGUGUGCGAGUGCCCUGACGUGUGCCCGCCAUCACAGGACCCAGUGUGUGGCAGUGAUGGCCACACCUAUGGCAACCAGUGUCAGAUGAAAACCUUGUCCUGCACCCUACAGAAGGAUAUCCACAUGAAGCACCGAGGACCAUGCAAAGAAUCCUGCGGCAGCUGUUCAUUUGGGGCAAUCUGUGAUGGGCAGACAGGACAGUGUGUGUGCCCCACCGAGUGCAUUGACACUCAUCAGCCCGUGUGUGGCACAGAUGGCACCACCUACAGCAGUGAGUGCCUGCUCAAUGUGCAGGCUUGCACCGAACAGAAGGACCUGAAGGUGGCCGCCCAAGGAGAGUGCAAGACAUGUGGCGGCAGCAUGUGCUCAUGGGGGGCACGCUGUGUAAGGAACAAAUGUGAGUGUCCAUCCUGUCAGGGAGAGCCCUUCUCCCCUGUGUGCGGCAGCAACGGAGUCGCCUACGACAAUAACUGCGAGCUCCGUCUCGACUCCUGUGUCCUCAAGAUGAAAAUUGAUGUCGUCAAGAUGGGCAGAUGUGAUGAAGAAUGUGGGUCUGGUGGUUCUGGCUCAGGGUCCGACAAUGACUGUGAUCAAGAGCGCUGCCGCAUGUUUGGGGGCUCAUGGGACGAAGACGCAGAGGACGACCGUUGUGUGUGCGAAUUCACUUGCCACAGCGUCCCACGCAGUCAGGUGUGUGGCUCAGAUGGACGCAACUACAGCAGUGAAUGUGAGCUCAAGAAGACCAAGUGCGAGAAGCAGAUGCACCUGCAGAUACUCAACCAGGGGCCCUGUAUCGCCCCUUUGAAUUCCGUACCAAGUCCUGAAUCAAGCCAAGAUUGCAGUCAGACUACCUAUGGAUGUUGCCUCGACAAAAGGACAGCAGCCCUUGGCGUGGGCUUAGCAGGGUGCCCAAGUACUUGCCAUUGCAACCCAUACGGCUCAUAUGGCAGCACGUGUGACCCUGUCAGUGGCCAGUGCUCUUGCAAGCCUGGCGUUGGUGGCUUGAAGUGUGACCGUUGCAAGCCAGGCUUCUGGAACUUCCGCGGCAUUGCCACAGAGAAGAGCAGCGGCUGCACACCAUGUAACUGUGAUCCCAUGGGCUCCGUGCGGGAUGACUGUGAGCAAAUGUCUGGCCUGUGCUCCUGUAAGACUGGUGUGAAGGGACUCAAGUGUAACCUCUGUCCCAAUGGCACCCACAUGGGUGCCAAUGGCUGCGACAAAGGCCCUGACGCCCCAGUUUCUUGUGCAAAGUUGACCUGCAAGUUUGGUGCUAUCUGUGUUGAGGAGAAGAGUCAGGUCCAUUGUGAAUGUCCCUCACCAGAUUGUCCUGAGGGGAACCAGACUAAGGUAUGUGGUUCUGACGGGAUAACGUACGCUGACCAGUGCCAGCUGAAGACUAUUGCUUGUCGCCAGAACAAACAUAUUACUGUGGUCCACCAGGGUCAGUGCCAAGAAGUCAGCAGAAUUACAAACUCUACAGGUGUAUCAACGUACAGCAAUGUUGCCGCCACCCUCUUUGACGGGACUGUGCCACCAUCCAAUCUUCCUGAAAUGGAAGAUGUGGAGGAGCAAAGCAACCAGGCAGUUGAGGCCCUCCCUCCUCAGUUUGCUGAGGCUACUCCAGGCACGUUGCCUCUGCCUACCCAUCCUACCACCACUCGGCACCAGUCCCGACAUGCAACCCCUCCAGGCUCUGGGCAUGUCUCCACGCCAUCUCUUUAUGAGGAUUCAGGCAGUGGCCAGGCCAGUGGAGACGAUGAGGAGGGAAGUACAGCGAUGGAGGCUAGCGGAGAAGUGCCAUCUGAGUCUGCGGCUGUCCCCACCCUGCUCCCAGCUGCAGAAGCCCACUCAUCUUGUGACAGUGCUCCUUUCGGCUGCUGCCCCGAUGCCUACACUGCAGCCAGCAGCCCAGAAGGACCCAACUGUCCCCCCACGAUGAAGUUCAGUGCCUACAUUAACCUGGAACAGGUAGAUGGCCAGGAGGUCUUCUUCACCCCAGAAAUGGAGGAUCCCAAAUCUGAAUUAUUUGGAGAAACUGCCAGGAGCAUUGAAAAUGCUUUGAAUGAAUUGUUUCACGCGUCAGAUGUAAAAACAGACUUUAAAAGUGUCCAGGUUCAAAAUAUAGCUCCCAGUACCUCUAUCAUGGCUUUAGUGGAGGCUCAUUUUGACUCAGACACUAGAUACACUAUGACAGAUGUGGCGGAAGCCUUGAUUAAACAAAUAAAGACAUCCAAGGAGACAGGCAUCGUAGUGAAGAAGCCAGUAGAAUUCCACACGCGCUUCAUCAGCUACGGACUCUCUACACUCACAGUAAUCACCACGACUGUGACCACACCCAUAAUCAAUAUGGCUGCAGCCACAGCCACUCGCCAUCCUACCCUGACUACCCAGCAGCCUUAUACCAGCCGAAGCAUCACCACGGCAACCCCAGUGACCACAGCUCGUUUCUCAACCACUACCACCAUGACACCAGCCUUCAGGCCCAAUCCAGCGAACCUAUCUAGGGAGCCUGUCAGGUCAUGUGAUUUGCACUCAUGCCUCUAUGGUGGGACCUGUGAGGACAAUGGCAGUGACUUUAAAUGCAUCUGUCCAGCGGGGAGAGGAGGAAAAAUCUGUGAGAAAGCUAUCAAGUAUUUCAUCCCCAACUUUGGGGGCAAAUCCUUCUUGGCCUUUCCCACGAUGAAGGCCUACCACACAGUCCGGAUCGCCAUGGAGUUCCGCGCUUCAGAGAUGACGGGCCUGCUGCUGUUUAAUGGCCAACAUGGAAAAAAAGACUUCCUGUCACUAGCAUUGGUGUCCGGGCGAGUGCAGCUCAGGUUUAACACCGGCUCAGGUACUGGCACCAUGCACAGCCAAGUGCGUGUAACGCCAGGCCGCUGGCACCAGCUGGUGGUGAUACGCACGCGACGGCAUGCGGUACUGAGCGUGGAUGGUGAGCCCAGCGUGGAGGGAUACAGUCCGGCUGGCACUGAGGGCCUCAACCUGGACACAGACCUUUUCAUCGGGGGUGUGUCUGAUAAGCUGCUACAGGAUGUAAAGGAGAAAACAUCUGUGUCCUCUGGCCUGGUGGGCUGCAUCCGCACACUCGACAUCAACAACAUGGUGUACAACCUGCAAGAUAAUGGCCAGCAGGUGCUUUACAGCUCUGCGGUGGCGCAGUGUGGGGAGACCCCCUGUCUACCCAACCCCUGCCGUAACAGUGCCACCUGCCAGGUCCAAGAGGCUGACACAUUCCAUUGCAAGUGCCCUAGUGGCUUCUCAGGUCCAACGUGUGCUGAGACCCACAACCCAUGUGACCCUAACAAGUGUCAUCCCUCCUCUCAGUGCCAGGUGCUGCCUGAGGGCAAAUAUAAGUGUCAGUGUCCAGUGGGACGUGAGGGAACCCACUGCGAGAGAGAAAUCAACAGUGACAAGAAUGUUCCCUACAUCCCCUACUUCAGUGGAAACUCCUACUUGGAGCUGAAAGGCUUGCACACUUAUGGAAGUGACCUGCAGAACAAAGUCAGUAUGACAGUUGUUUUCCUGGCUAAUGACUCCAAUGGCAUGAUAUUCUACAAUGGACAGAAGACUGACGGCAAAGGAGACUUCAUCUCUCUCUCGUUAAAUGAUGGCACCCUGGAGUUUAGAUACGACCUGGGCAAGGGUCCUGCUGUCAUCAGGAGCAAGAAUAAGGUCCAGAUGCAUGUUUGGAACACGGUAAACCUGGAACGUGGCAACCGCAAGGGUGAAAUCAGCGUCAACGGAAAAGACACAGUCAGGGGAGAGUCUCCGGAUCAACACACAAUUCUAAACCUAAAGGACUCACUCUUUGUCGGAGGAGCCCCAGAUUUCAGAAAGCUGGCAAGGGCAGCUGCUCUCAAAGAUGGCUUUAAAGGGGCCGUCCAGUCGAUCACACUGAUGGGCACCCCCAUCCUGACCCGGGCCAACAUUAUGCGUUCCAGAGAUAUCUCCGACUACCCAUAUCACCCAUGCUCCAGGGGCAUUUGCCAGAAUGGUGGUCUUUGCCGUCCCCAAGGAGCUGGACAUGAAUGUGUGUGCCAGCAUGGCUUUAGUGGGGUACAGUGUCAGAAUGCCAUUUACGAAAAAUCUGCUGGGGAGGCAGAAUCUAUUGCCUUUGACGGGAGGACAUUCAUUGAAUACCACAAUGCAGUUACUAAGAGCCAGUUGACCAAUGAGAUCCCAGAUCCCAAGUCACUGGAGAAUCCGUCAGACCAGAGUGAGAAGGCCUUGCUGGUAAACAAGUUUGAGAUGAGUAUCAGGACAGAAGCCUCGCAUGGUCUGAUCCUCUGGAGCGGCAAAGGAGUGGAGCGUUCAGAUUACAUUGCUCUGGCCGUGGUGGACGGCCAUGUGCAGAUGACCUAUGACCUAGGCUCUAAGCCCGUGGUGCUGCAGUCAUCGGUACGCGUAAACACCAAUCACUGGGUCCGCAUCAAAGCCAGCAGAGCACUGAAGGACGGCUCCCUUCAGGUGGGUAAUGAGGCACCUGUCACCGGAUCGUCUCCCUUGGGAGCCACACAGCUGGAUACAGAUGGAGCACUCUGGUUGGGUGGCUUGGAGGAGUUGCCCGUUGCACGCAGACUGCCCAAGGCCUACAGCACAGGGUUUGUAGGUUGCAUAAAGGAUGUGAAUGUGGAUGGAGUGGAACUGCACCUAGUGGAGGAUGCCUUGAACAGUCCCAGAAUCCUCCACUGCUCUGCCCAAUAGCCUACUUCCAACUCAUCACUACCCUUCAUGCACACCAUGUCUACUGCUGUAAUUAUUUUAUAUUUUUAUAUGCUUUUCAUUACUUUUUAUAAUGGAAAACACAAGGUUCUUAAUUUUGUUCUUUUUGUAUAUUUUUGUUAGUUUAUUUUGUUCCUUCAUGUAUAACUGAUUUUCCAAAUACAGGUGCACAUUGUGUCAACAAGCAUGUAAUUUAUUUUCCCAUUUAAAAUUGGAAUACCACAUAGUGCACAUUACUUGAACAUUAGAAAAUGACGGGGUGCUGGUGGUAUCUCCACAGUCACCCACGGGCUGUCCUCUGCCUUUCUGAAUACAGCCUGCGUUCCACUUGCACUGCAGCAGACAGAUGGGUGUUUCAGCAGCUCUGUCAGGUGCAUUGUGGGUUAGCAUGCCAUGUGUGUGCAGAAUAGAACACAAAAUAAGAACAUGUCAGACUUACCAAAAGAUACCACACCUUUUUAUUAUGAAAUCCAUAACACACACGGCACACUUUUUAAGAAAGUUUUUCUGUUUUGCAUGUAAUUUUUGUUGAGCUCCCCUGUUAUUUUUAAAUUUUAGACAUUCCUGAAGAAUCACACUAUUAAGUAAUUCUAAGGCUAACUGAAUUUUUGCCAAGAUAAAUUAACACACAGAUGCAUAAAUACAUUAAACUGUGAAUUUGUCCGUUCGCUAUUGUUCUCUAGCUUCCUCUCGGCUGUUAAUCAUACUUAAUGACAAACAAGAACUUUACCUUCAGGAAAUUGAUACUUUAUAGAUCCCCUGUAGGGAAAUUAUCUGUACGCCUCCCUCAACUUGCUCUUUGUGGAGUAAGUGGACCAUGAAGGGCUGCCACCCGUAGCGGCGCCCAGGGAGCUGGGGGUUAAGGGUCUUGCUCAAGGACCCGCAGACGUACUGAGGCUGGGUUCGAACCUGCGACUUUCUGAUUGCAAGGACACAGGCUUAGCCACAUGAGCCACAUGCUGCCCCAAUCCGUGGUUUCUUUUUAUUUCUCUCAUUCAGAUUACUUUUGGCAACAUUCUUGAUGUGUAUGUCUGUUCUGAUGGACACACUCUGGUUUGAAGUCUUUUUUAAGGCUGUGAUAUUUUAAGUACUAUGUUGGUUUUGCAUAACAGAAGCUGCCACUGAAUGGAGGAACAAAUCAUUUGUUUUUAUUAUCUAUUUCAUCUUGUUUUUCCACUUUUUUAAGUUCUACUUUGCCAUUAUAAAAACAGCUGUUAUUGUGUUACCUGGAUGAACUGUCAUGCAGUUUCUGGAGAAGGGAGUCAUGAGGAAUAUGACUUAUAAAAGCUCAGGGGAGACUGGCAGGGGCCAAAAUGGGAAAACACUGAAAGACUAAAGUUUCCAUGACUGUGUUUUCAUAUUUAAAAAAGGAAUACUGUAUUCAAAUUUUGUCUGCUCUAGCUUUUAAUUUAAAAUGUGUUUGUGAUUUAAAUAAAGCCUAGGCCUUUAAACAUCCCUGGUAUUCAAAAAACAAAGUAAAAUAAACUAAUCAAAAUAUCACAGAUGGACAAAUAAAUGCAUGGACUGGGGCUGCAGUUUAUAACCCAAACCUAGUGGGAUGUAAUUAUAUGCUUGCCCUGCUAUUCACAUGUGCUAUUUGGUUGAUUUUACAAAAAUUAUCUAUAUACAUAUAUAUAUAUAUAUUCUAACAGUAAAAUAUAUAAAUGUUUGCUUAUGAAUUUGAGAAGGCCUUAAUGUUUUACCCGUUUUAUCACCACAUAUAAUUUGCAUUUUAAUUUUCGUUUAAAGAAGAUGGAAGUGAUAUGUUACAGGCCUGAUAACUGAAAUUAGAAAGUCGAAUUGCAGGUGACUUAGUAUCAUACACUGGAAUUAGAGCAGACUACACUGUUCCCGUUUUUUGUGCCGAGGGAGGGAUGCAGAUGGGGGGGGGGGGGACAGAAAAAACAUAUUUAUAAAUUUAUAUUUUAAGUAUAAUAUCUAAUUUGCUAAUGAUAGCCAAGGAUAGCUUUGUGUGUCAGUUAUGUAAAUCAGACUAAUAGGACGCAGCACUGCAAUGUACACAAGUGUCCCUAAAUAUGGAGGCAAAUCAAUAAAAAUGUGAGUGUUACUUAUACAUCAUUUAAAAAAAUGUCUCUGUUGCCUGUGAAUACAGUAAAAGUUGCGAGUAGAGUGUUUGAAUGAAAGCAAUUCAGGAUUGCCUUAAAAAUUAAAACCACUACACAUGGAUACGCCACUGUAUCCAAAUUUUCUGUGCUUUUACUUUAGCUAAUAUAAUGGGCUAUUUAAUGAUGCUAAUAAAUAUAUUAAUAAUACUGCCCAUGGAGGACUGUGUUCAUACACACAAAUUUGGGAACCACAGAAAUAUAUAAUAUGUGUAAUGGACAUUCCGGGGUCGGUAAAAUUGAUUUAUGUAUAUUCAAUAACGUAUUUAUGUGCAAAUGCAAAAUUUCAACGUUGCCCUUGUGAACUACUGUUUGAAUGAAAUACACCUGAAGGAUAGUGCACAGAACUUGUAUGGCAUGUUACCAUUACUAACUUUAUUACUUGCGUCUUGUGUUCCUACAACAACUACAGUAAAUAAAGUGCUUAAAACAU